AUGAACCUCAUUGGCCGCCUCGUCAGCCAGCCCGAGGUGCGCGAGAGCCGCAACGGCAAAGAGUACCUCCGCUACGUGAUCGCAACGAACGAUCCGCUUGGCCCGCCCCAGGAGAAUGGAACUCCUGCGGAACCUACCUCGUCGUUCCAUUCUAUCUUUGCGUUUGGCGAGUCGACGGUGAACCGUCUCCGCGAACUACAGAAGGGCACACUUAUGUACGUCGAGGCCGAUUUCCGCGUGGCCCGCACCCCUGGCGAGGGUGACAUGCCUCCUCAGGACCAGAUCCUUUCGCAGCACAGGAGCUACAAGGUGAUUCUGCGCCCCAAACAGGACGUAUAG